AUGGGGGACUCGUUUACAGAUGGAAAAUUCAUUCUUGGCAUUAUUUUUGCACUGUGGAGAAUCUGUUUGGCACAGGAACCUCCUGCUUGUUUCGUUUUUGGGGAUUCUCUGGUUGAUGUUGGAAACAACAACUACAUUGUGACACUAUCCAAAGCUAAUUAUCCUCCCAAUGGAAUUGAUUUCGGAAAGCCUACAGGACGAUUCACAAACGGAAGAACCAUUAUUGAUAUUAUAGGUGAGAGUCUGGGUUUCAAGGAGUUCACUCCUCCUUACUUAGCUCCCACAACAGCUGGACCAGUAAUUCUGAAGGGUGUCAACUAUGCUUCAGGUGCAGGAGGAAUUCUUAAUGAAACAGGAAAAUUAUUUGUUGGUAGAAUAAACUUGGAUGCACAGAUAGAUGACUUUACGAAUACCAGGCAAGACAUUAUCUCAAGAAUUGGUCUUCCUGCAGCUGUGGAACUACUUAACCGAGCUCUCUUCUCAGUAACAAUCGGCUCGAAUGAUUUCAUCAAUAACUACUUGUCACCAGUUAUUUCUGAGGCUGAGAGGAAGUCAAUACCCCCGGAAACCUUUGUUGGCAUUUUGAUCGCAAGACUCAGACUACAAAUUACAAGACUGUACAAUUUAGGUGCAAAGAAGAUUGUUAUGGUAAAUGUAGGACCUAUUGGCUGUAUACCCUAUCAGAGGGAAGUGAAUCGAGUAGCUGAUCCAGAUAGCUGUGCUGCAUUUCCGAAUCAAUUAGCACGUUCAUUCAACGCCAAGCUAAGAACCCUUGUCACCGAGCUAAACAAGAAUCUUCCCGGGGCCAAAUUUGUGUAUGCAGAUGUUUAUAGCAUUGUAGAAGACAUCAUUGACAACUACAAAUCAUAUGGUUUCCAGAAUACAAACUCUGCAUGCUGCAGAGUUGCAGGGCGCUACGGGGGUUUAACUCCAUGCGGUCCUCAGCCAUCGAAAGUUUGCGUGAACCGAUCCAAGUAUGUGUUUUGGGACGCUUACCAUCCUUCUGAUGCUUCAAAUGUGAUCAUAGCAAGGCGUUUCUUGUAUGGGAACUCCAGUGAUAUUUCACCCAUGAAUGUAGUGCAACUCCUCCAAGCUUCUUGA